AUGGAUCAAAUACAACGGUCUCCACCACAUCAACAGCAACAACAAACUCAGUGGCAACAAACAUCACAACAGCAAAAUCGGUGGAAUCAAAAUUGUAGUCGCAAUAGUAAUGUAAUUAGUACUUCAACUGACAUUAUUAAUUAUGAGGACAAUGUAAGCAAACCAUGUAAAACAGUAUUAAAGUCAUUGGAAAAUUUAAAUGAGACAAAGAAGUCUGAAACUUCAAAUGUUAACAUUUCUAAAAAUCAUUAUUACAAAUCUGACAAAGAUAAAAAAAUUGCAUUAGAAUUUUAUAUAAAAGCAGUAACAAAAGAACGUGAAGGAAAUUUAAACAAAGCUUUAAAUAAUUAUCGUAAAGCGUUGAAAUUAGAUCCUGGUGUUGAUCACUCAUAUAGAAAUUUUCUUAAUGUUGAUAAAAAGUCAUCUGGUGAGGAUUCUUCAAAAACUUUUAAUAAAAAUUCUGAAGAAUUUCAAAUUCUCAAUAAUGUUAUUGACAGAAAAGAUAAAUUAGGUGUAAAUGGUAUUGAUGUUAAGUCAUCUUCAACAUCACCAACAUUCUUACAAAGUAUUAAUAAUGAAAAAAUUAAAAUUAAUGAUUUGAUAAAUUCAUUUCAAAACUCAACUGUUAAAUUGUCAUCAUUGGACAAAGAUAGACCUGUACUCAUUGCAAAACUCCCUAAUGAAACAAUAACAUAUAUAUUACAUCAACUAAUAUGUCAAGGAGAUGUGACUUCUCUUAGUCGUUUUGCUUUAGUUUGUAAGAAAUUUCUUUUAAUAUCAUUAGAAACUUCUUUAUGGCGGUUCUUAUGUGAAAAGGCAUAUAGAGACAGAAGCAUGUCUACUCAAAUGUCUAUUAUUUGGUUAGAAAAACAUAUUGUGAAAUUAUACAAUAAUGAUUGGAUGAAAAUGUAUAUUGAAAGACCUCGUAUAAGAUUAGAUGGUGUUUACAUAUCUAAAUGUAAUUAUUUAAGGUGUGGUUCUAUAGAAAAUACCUGGUUUCAACCUAUUCAUGUUGUGGGCUAUUACCGUCUUUUACGUUUUUAUUCUGAUGGUACAUGUAUUGCAUUACAAACAUCAAAUGAACCAAAAUAUGUUGUAAAAUCUUUUGAUACAAAUUAUCAAUCUAAAAAUCUCAUGUGCGGACAAUGGGAACUUACUGAUAAUAAUAGUGUGUUGAAAAUAUCUGCAAGAGAUGAUGAAUUACCUAAAUUCACCUUUUAUUUAAUAUUUAAACUAGAAUCAACCUAUCGUGGGAGAUUUAAUAAACUUUCAUGGAUUUGUUAUUAUUAUGUAAACAAUUUCUCUGAUGAAAAAACUGAUAUGUGUCUAAAAAAUGAAAAAAAUUAUAUCUUCAGUAAGGUUUUGAGUUAUAAUGUAGAAUGGUAA